CACACAGUCAGUCUGUCUCCGUGCCUACAUUGUGCUCACAUAAUAACAAUGUGCCACACGGCAGCCAUAUGGGGCGGGGCGUCAGCGAACGGAAAAAGCAAAGAAGGGCGAGACUCCAAACAAAGUUAACCACGCCUUCUCCAACACGGACCCCGCCCACUUUAUAGGUACCUCCUCCAAUCAGCGUGGCCGUAGUGAAAUGCGGGAAAAUCUAAAUACCCUGAAAGAGGAGUAGAAAAAAAAAAUCAAGACGUCAGGCGCUGUGAGGGCAGGAUCGCGCAUGCGCAGAGAGCGCGCGGUGACCGCCGGGCUCCGGAUUGGAAUGCGGGCACAGAGAGCCAGGGCACGAGCCAGCCAGCAGCACGUUACCACCGGGGCCGGCUCUUCCUCAGACCAGGCUCCUCCCCCCGGCCCGGCACAGCCCCCUGACUCUAUCCGCUGGAACUUGUUGCUGGAUGCUCGGACUCCGGGAGCAUGUUAGGGCAGCAGCAGCAGCAUUUUCUGUACUCCCCCGGGAGCAGUGUGACCGGCGGGCUGGCGGAGGAGGGCCAGCUGGUCGGCUUUGUGGAGGAGUACCUGGAGUGCGUGGAGUCCGUGCCGCUGGAGAUCCAGAGGAAUGUCUCCUUACUGCGGGAGAUCGACACCAAAUACCGGGGUAAGGCGGGAGCUGUCACCGGGGACACCGGGAGAGGACUGCCCCCCGGGGGGAGGGGGGCUGGAUCAGACCGGGGGGAGGGGGAGACAGGCAGCUCGCUCGGUGUCUGCUUCACAGGGAGACCCCUUAUACCGAACAAACAGCUACCUCAGCCAUCUUGGAGAGUGGGGGGAGCUCACCGUGACAGACCCGGGACUUUAUAUGAGGCGGACACCGUGCACGGAAAGUGCUGUUAUUGUGGGGGGGAUCCCGGACUGGACUCGGGGUGUGGGGGGGGGAGAGCUCGGACUCGGGAGCUCGGACUGGACUCGGUGUGGGGGCGGGGGUCGUCCCGGCUCGGUGUGUGGGAUCGUCCGGCUCGGUGGAGAGGGACCUCGGGGUGGGGUCCCUGUAUGUUGGGGGGGGGGGGGAUCUGGGGGUGGGCUCAGUGUGUUUUGCUUUGUAUCGGGGGACUCUCAGUCUGGCUGUGAAUAUCGGGGGUAGUGUGAGCUGUUAUAAUGUGAGGAGGGAGAGCUGUUAUAAUGUGAGGAGGGAGAGCUGUUAUAAUGUGAGGAGGGAGAGCUGUUAUAAUAUGAGGAGGGAGAGCUGCUAUAAUGUGAGGAGGGAGAGCUGUUAUAAUAUGAGGAGGGAGAGCUGCUAUGAUAUGUACUGCGCUCUCGGGAGCUUUCCCCGUGUGUUCGUGUUGUGAGUUGCACACUGUAGGUAGUGAUACGAGUUACUAUACUGUGCGUUACAGUGUGACACACGGUGAUCGGACCCUCUCCCAUGGCCGUAGCAGGGGCUACUGUUGGGGAUUCGCCUGAUGCUGUCAGUGAGUAUAACGAGAACUGAGCGUCAUAUCCGGGGCGGGGCCGUGAGUGGGCGGGGCCAUUGAUCGCUGUCAUUGGGGCUGUGUGAGAGCUCGCGUUAGGGAUGUGUUUCCGGGUUACCAGGUGCCGUGUAUUCAUGCGCACUAACACUGCUAAACAUCACGGAAGUUCUGUUCCAAGCUUAUUGUAUCCCUGCGCCUAACCGACUGCUACAUUCUAAGCACAUUGCUCAGUAACAGCCUGCAUGUAGUCCCUGUCAUAGAGCAGCCUCCUGCCAAUUCCCAGGGUUUGUAAUGUUAUCCCCAUAAUAAAAAAAAAAAUCACUUUUUAUUGUGUAACUGGGAACCUUAAGCCUCACUGCUCAAUUGUCUGCCAUUUAAGGGUUACAGUUGUUUUGUCUGUGUAUGCAGCCCUUGCCACACUUCCCCUGACUGUGACUUGCACAGCCUGGAUGGCAAAUAAAAUAGUUUUUAUUUUCAGUCUGAUGUAAUUAAACUCAGUGUUAUAUCCUGCUCUGUAAAUUGAAGUGUAAUAACACACAGGAGGCUCCUCCUGCAAGGUGCAGCAAGCUAUUAACAGAGCAGAAGAUAGGACAUUCUUAAUUAAACAUAAUUUGCAAUAAAGGAAAUGUAAACAUUAGAUGACUCUCUUUAUAAGAAGUGCUUAAUAAAGCUGUUUCACAUGCAGGGAUGGUGUUACUAGGGCUGCAUAAACAAAGUGAUUUUAAAGGGAAACUAUAGUGUCACGAAAACAAACUUGUUAAUAACCCGGUCACUUACCUGGAUCCAGCACCGAUGUCCCUCGGCACUGGCUCAGGUCCACACACACACCUAGUCAGCCAUCAGUUUUGUAAAAACUGAAUAAUUACAUGCUCGGGGUUAACAGUGAUAGGAGUUUGCACCCAGACCCCUUCAAUGCGUUGAAGUGGUCUGGGUGCCUACAGUGUCCCAUUAAAGUGUAGAUUGUGGUUAACAAGACCUAUAAGCUCAAAUUAUAGGUUUUGGUUCAGAACUUGGACAAUUACCUCCACUAUAGGCACCCAGACCACUUCAGCUGAAUGAAGUGGUCUGGGUGUCAGGUCCCUCUAGUUUUAGCCCUGCAGCUGAGAACAUAGCAGUUUCAGAGAAACUGCAAUGUUUACACUGAAGGUUAAUCCAAUUCUGCGCUGACGUCGGAACGAGGAGAUUUCCCCGGUGCUGGUGAAAGGUAAGUGGCUGAAUGGGUUUUAACUACUUCAGCCCAGCAUGUGGGGGGGGGGGGGUACCUAAGGACUACAUAGUGCCAGGAAAACAAGCUUGUUUUCCUGGCACUAUAGUGGUCCUUUAAUGGGGUUAAACUUAUAUGUAUAUACAUUUUAAGUUCCUAAUGAAAUUUUAUUUUUAUUUUUUUCUUGACAUGCAGAAACACUUAAAGAAAUCGAUGAUGUUUUUGACAAAUAUAAAGAUGAAAGUGACCCAAAUCAAAAGAAGCGUCUUUUACAGCAUCUUCAGAGGGCCCUGAUUGUAACUCAGGAAUUAGGGGAUGAUAAAAUACAGGUAGUUACACAGAUUUUUGAAAUGGCAGAGAACAGAAUCAAGCAGAUGGAAAUCCAAAGUAGGUGUUUGUUUGAACCAGAGGAAAGUGAAAAGUCUGCAGAAAAAAUAAAGGUUGAAACCAAUUCCAUUGAAAGGUCAACUCGUAGACCUCGUAGACAGCGUAACAGCGAGAGUCGGGACUUGUGUCACUUGGUCAAUGGAAUAGAUGAGGGGGAGGAACUUCCACCCAAGGAAAAGAAGACAAAAUCUUCCAAAAAGAGGAAACGUUCCAAAGCCAAGCAGGAAAGAGAGGUGUCUCCUGUGCCUUUUGCAAUUGAUCCCAAUGAACCCACAUACUGUCUGUGCAACCAAGUAUCCUACGGAGAGAUGAUAGGAUGUGACAAUGAGGAGUGUGCGAUAGAGUGGUUCCAUUUUUCUUGUGUUGGACUAACGUAUAAACCAAAAGGUAAAUGGUACUGCCCUGACUGCAGAGGAGACAAUGAAAAGACAAUGAACAAAAAUAUGGAUAAAACAAAAAGGGACAGGCGCUCUAGGUAGUGCAGGGGAAUGUAUUUUGUUUUUGUUUUUUUGUAUAGUGUUUUAGGUCAAAUGCAACAAUUUUUAAUAGAAUUCGAAUAUUAAAAUAUGUCUUGGGUUUUUUUUGAGUUUUUUUUAAGUUUGGGUUUCUUCCCCAUGGUCAUUGACUUUUUCUUAACUUUAUAAUCCGGCCUGACUCAUUUGAUUGAAAAUAGUUUUUUGUUUAAUAUAGAUUUUCUUUUCCUUGUGUUGUAUAAAUACACUUCCCAUUAACUGGUAUUCUGUUCUGUGCCCCCCCCUCUCUUCCUUCAUGAUAAUCACUCUUUUGAACUUUAAUUGGAUCUCAUCUGGUUUUUCGCAUGGUGUUGGUUCCUACUGCUCUUCAAGGAAACAGACGAAGUGAAUUCUUUAUUUAUAUAUUCAUAAAGCAAUGUUGCAGGAAGCUUUGUGGUUAUCCUGCCGGCAAAUACAUACAUUACCCUCAAUAUUCAGAGAACACCAGUGUUUCUUUUAAUUUAUCAUUUCUACCUAUUUUUGUAUAGAUAUCCAUCAUAUGUAACUAAAGAAAAAUUGUCAUGUUUUUAUUUAUUUUUAUUUUUUUAAUGGAUGAUUACAUGUAUUAUAGACAAUACAUAUUUUGUAAUGUACACAGAAGUAAAUACAUAUUUUACAGUGCAUGUAAGCUUACCCUUGUUUUCUGGUAAUGGCCAUCUUUACAUUCUCUUUGGUUAGGGGGGUGUGUUUUUUUUAAUUUUUUUUUUUUUUUAUCCCCCCAGUUUUUUUUGUUUAUAUAAAAAGAGGACUUAACCCUUUUAAAGACCACGCUUCAUUUGCCUGCUUAUCACUUAAGGAUCAAACAAAUUUAGCUUUUGUUUAAUGUAUUUGUUCAUUUUGUUUUCAUUUAUUGCACCAACACACAUACUACUUUUUGUUUUUUAAAAGGACAAAGGGGCUUCAAUUUGUUGUGACAUAUGCAUUCUCAUUCCUUAUUUAAAAAAAAAAGUAUUUUUUUUUCACAGAUCUGGCAAGAAUGCGUGCAUAAAUAGCAGCUCCGUAAUUUUUGUCCUGAUAUACAGUGCACAUCAUAUGUCUAGG